AUGCCGCUGGGAUCGCUGGGAUCGCUAGGAUGGCUGAAGGAUGGCGGGAGGAGACGAACAGGUGUGAUGGAUAUAGUCAUCAUCAUGCACGAUGACGGUACGAUGAAGUCGACGGGAUGGCAUUUCCGUGUUGGGAAUGACUCACUGAUGACAACCUGGCAAACUGCAACAGUGAAAGUGCAGAUCAAUGGAGUUGUGAGCGAGUGCUUGGAGAUGAAAGUAGAGAAGGAUGGAAACUGCUACUUCGACAAAGGAGACCAAGGGUUGUCCAAUGUGCCCUCGCAAGACUGCCUUGCUCAGCUGGAUCUCCAAUUAGGAAGAAACGAGGUGAAGUUCGAAGCACACACAGGAUCCGUUCUCUAUGAAGCAACUGCUUCGAUCUUCCUCUGGGAGGCCACCGACCCUGUCGUCAUCUUCGGCGUCGAAUCGUCAAUCUUUGCCAAAGCUCGAUUAGCGCGAGGAGCUGAGAUGAUCACACUGGGACGACACUCUGGUGGAUCGCUGGGAUGGGAGCAGCCGUUCGAAGAUGUCUGUGAGCUGCUUGUCUACCUGGACGCCUCGGGAUACCGCAUCGCCUUCCUUACCUCGUCUCCAAUGACUUGGUUCGACAAGAUCCGCAGCAAGAUGAGCAACAUCCGCGGGCAUCCGGUAGAGGAUGGGAGGCAGAAGGACCCGGGGGACUGCUACCUGCGACUCCCUGCGGGAGCGCUGCUGACGUCAUGUGACAGUUCUCUAAGAUAUGUGAUGAACUCAGUGGUGGGGAAGGGAAAGUACGGGCUGCAUGAUCCCGUCAGUGCUCUGGUGGACGUCUUCACAGCAGAUGUCGCGGAUGAUGCGAGCGAGAGGGCACAGCCGUUCGUUGCGGCAUUCGGGGGUUCAGGGACUGAUGUGAACUUUUACUUGGAUGCGGGUGUGGAGGCCAACAAGAUCUUCGUCGUCUCUCCUUCAGGCAGCAUCGAGAUGAAAGUUUGCGGGGGACGAAAAUUUCAAGGAUACAAAGAAGUCAUUCCCUUCUUCGUCCAUAACUUCCCCCCGGUUCGAGGACACUUCUUGACACCAACGUUUGUAUACAACAAGGAGUACAAGUUCCCCAAGCGAUCUCGUCAGCCCCACGAGCACACCAAGACUUGCCCUGUGCCUCAGAAGGGCAUUGAAGGCAUCGAGUAUAGCACCGCUGCUGUGCCGUCAUCAACAUUCAAGAACUGCGAUCAUGGGGAAGAUUUCUCGCCGGAGGAGGCUGAGACUGCGAUCCGACCCAACUUUCAGACCUGCGACGACGACGACCCGAUCGAUGCGGAUGAACCAGACUUCACCUACUCGCAGCAUCCAGAGGAGGGAGACGGAGAGGAGGAGGAGGAGGAGGAGGAGGAGGAGGACCAGCAAGCUGCCGUUUCUAUAAGAACCCGAGAGCAAGACCGUGACUCAGGCGCAUACCAGGUCGCAGUUACGAAGGGUAAGACGAGUGAUGAUGGAGGUGUUUCGGAAGCUUUGGACUCGAGGGAUGUGAAGUGCGAUGGUGAACAAGGGUCUGAUGCUCAAAGUCUGGCAUCUUCAACGAGCGAUGACGAGUGGAUGUGA